UCAGUGCCGCCAGUGCCAAACUACAAGCUCUCCAUGUCGAUCCCAGAAUGGCUCCAGGCAAUACAGACUUACAUGAAGAUGCUGCAAUACAAUCACACAGGAACACAGUUCUUCGAGAUUAGAAAAACCAGACCUCUAAGUGGGUUAAUGGAGACAGCAAAAGAAAUGACCAGGGAGUCCUUACCCAUCAAAUGCCUUGAAGCAGUUAUCCUAGGGAUCUACUUAACGAACGGGCAGCCCUCCGUGGAACGAUUCCCCAUCAGCUUUAAAACCCACUUCUCAGGGAACUGUUUUCAUCACGUGGUGCUCGGGAUUUACUGCAACGGCCGGUACGGCUCCCCCCGCCCGAUGGACAAACCUCUAACGUACCGAACUCUGAGCGACCUCAUCUUUGAAUUUGAAGACUCCUAUAAAAAGUACUUGCAUUCGGUCAAAAAAGUAAAAAUCGGGUUGUAUGUCCCGCAUGACCCGCACAGCUUUCAGCCCAUCGAGUGGAAACAGCUGGUCCUCAACGUAUCCAAAAUGAUGCGCACAGAAGUCAGGAAGGAACUGGAGAAGUUUGCCAGGGAUAUGAGGAUGAAG